AGUAUAAAUCAAGUCCGCCCCAACGAUCCUCAUUGUGGUAGCAGCAAGUAUCUUCCCUAAAUCGAGAACAAUAUUUCUCUUGUUCUCAGCUCCGCCAGUGCUUUACCAAAUUUUGAUUACCAGAACUUUGUCUGAGCUAUGGCGCCAGCACGAGUCGAUGGUGGCGUCAUGGGUGGCGCCACCACCAAGGGUGAUAGGCUUUCUCGUAAUGCUGCGAGAACUGAACAGGAGAUCAUCGACCUCUCCCGGUCAAUUUUGAAAAUCAUUUUCGACUAUGCCCUCAAUAAAAUUGACCACUCAGAGUCUGGCUUCGAGCGCGGUUGCGAUAACUUCCUUCCGGUUGUUAGUCGAUUCGUUGCUGAGGAGAAAAGAGUUGAGGCAUGUCUGCCCGCGUUCCCAUUCAAAUCCGCAAACAAGAUAUACAAAGUACUGGGAAAGCUUCCGGAUAAGGCCGAAGAAUUAUCACUCGAACGAUUGAAUACUAUCUGUAAACGUAUUCAAGCCAUCUAUCCCCCAGGUGCUCGAAUCACAAUCGUCUCCGAUGGCAUUGUGUAUAGUGACCUGUUAAGCAUCUCUGACCAGGAUACAUGGCUCUAUGGAGAGGCCUUGCGUGUAAUGGCUGCAGAAAAGAAGUUUGAUUGCAUAGGCUUCUCGACGGAGAAGGACCUGCUUAACUUCGGCCUGCGAGAGGAGAUGAGAGAAAUCAUCUAUGUCGCCAACUGUGCGAAUUUCCGCCGUUAUCUUCUAAACAAAUACGGCAACGACGAUAUUGACAUUGACCGUGAAAUUGCAACAAACCCUGAUACAAAACUAACCUACCUCGGAUAUAAGAGAUUCUUGGAGUCAGAUUUGAAGCAUAUCUUUCCUCGAGGAGCCAAGCGAAGCGGUCAUGCAUACACGAGAGAUUGCAAAUAUAUUGCCAAGCAAAUGCUAAUAAGAGGCUAUGCGUUCGCUGGGGCUGUUAAGGACGCGUAUCCUAAUCAUUUACGACUUUCUAUUCAUGAAUCCAUUGGCGCAGUUGCGAAGAUUUCAAUAUCCUUGCUGAACACCAAGACUGGGUUCACAACUCCAUGGCACUGCAGCGUGGCGCAACUUGCUGAUGGCGAGUGGGUCAGCGCCCCCAUGGGCGAAUUUAUUAAAAACCCCAGACUAGAACUAGUACAAGUUGACGGCCUACCUAGCCACUUUAUAGAGAAGCUAGACAAGAACAACAGCGGAGGUGCAUUUGAGUUGGUGAAAAUAGCUAAACCUCUCACCGCUAGUGAAUAUAUGAGCAAAGCGAUUCAUCCAACCGCAACCCCUUGCGGUAUCUCUUCGCAAAUUAGCGACUCCCUUUCCUCAUCCGCCGAAACCGACGAAGCUGCAACAUCAGAAGGGCAGUCUUCCCCAAAUACAGCCCCAAGCAUCCCUGGAAGCAUUGUGGAACGGAAGAUUAGCAACGUUUCCUUGUCAGGGGCAGCCGAUGAAACUUCCUCGACGCUAUACGGGCGAAGGCUCUUACCUCAGAUUGUAGAUGAUCUGGCUGCGGAGGAGCCAUUACGCACAGUAUUCUCGUUAGCGAGAUCCGCCGAAAAUUCACCCAGCUUCAGAGAAAUCUCCGCCCGUGUCUUCGCUCAGGCCAUUAACAAGCUUUGUUGGUGGCUUCGGAGAAAGGCUGGUAGAUCUAACUCAAUCCAGCCUAUCAGCUAUAUUGGACCGCAUGAUCUACGGCAAGUUCUACUAACAUAUGCGUGUAUGAAGGUUGGGUACGCUGUGUUGUUCAUCUCGCCUGAGGACAGCACGGAAGAUACGCUGGCUGUGCUUGAGGCAACGAAGUGCGAUAUAUUAGUCACCGCAGGCGACGUGCCUCCAUUCCCAGUCGCAGGCGAGGUCUUGCAAUCACGCUCCAUGACGGUUCUGCAGCUUCCUCUUCUCGAUCAUCUCCUGGAUGACUCGGCCGUUAAACCUUAUCCGCUCACUAAGACUUUUGAUGAAGUCAUUGAUGACCCAUUCUGCUAUAUCCUCACGUCUGAUCCCACGGGAAAUCUCAAGCCAAUCCCGUGGUCUCACGGUUUGAUAAGUGCCAUUGAUGCAGUGCGUUUGUUGUCAAGUGCCCAGGCCGAUGGCAACUUGCUUCCAUGGACCUCGGAUUGGAAAGAAGGAGAUAAGAUAUACUCCCCAUUCCCAGUGAGCCAUGGUGCCGGUAUCAUCAUGAACAUCGUCGUUCCUGUUCUCUACAGCUUGCACUGCAUACUGGGACCAGUCGACACGAUGCCGAGCAUUAAUAUCGUGCAAAACCUGGCGGAGACUGCCAAGGUUAAUGUCUGGAGCCUAGAACCAUCUUUCGUUGAUGAGUUGGGGGAGCCCCAUCUAGGCCUUGGCCAUAUUCACUCACUACUCUCUGACAAUUUCAUGUUCUCAGGCGGCGACAGUCAUACCGAAGAAGAGUUCUGGGCUAACAACAGUACGUCUAAGUUGGUGCAGCAGCAGAUCGAGUGCACCGACAGCUGCUCCCAGGUCCUUGCAGUAUUUCCCAAGACUACGGUCGCCGCCGUGGAGCGCCGAUAAGCACAUAGUCCGAAAAGAUCGGGAUGCCAAACGGAGAUGAGGAGCCCAGAGAACGAGAAGGUCCUGUCAAUGGUGGUUGCUAGGCUUUUUUGGCGUGUUGCAGGGGUGAAACAUAUACGCUGUUCACUUUUCUUCUCACCUUAUAUCUUGGCGCAUUAAAAGUUACAUUUUUGGGUAGAUAUAGAUUGAUACAGACUAGGGUUCGUGAUCGAGCUGUGCUUCAGCUAUAAAACCAAGAUUUAC